CGGGCCGAAAGUGCCCUGGCCUGCGCCCUCGCCCGCGCCCGCGCCCGCGCGCGCGCCCCUCGCGCCACUUGCCCGGGGCCCGUCUCCUGCGGCGGCCUGAUGGCGGAUGGGCAAGAAAGGCCAGCGGGGCUUGUGGGAUAGCCUGCUGGACACGCUCUCCUGCCGCCCGGACAGCUGCCGCCCCGACAGGCCUUUCUGCCCCGCCGGCAGGGGGAACAUGUGCUCCGCGGACGGCGGGGAGCACGACGACGGUGCGGAUAGCGCGGGCUCCGAGGACGAUCUCAGCGGGCGGCCCCUUGAGUGGCGACCAGCGGCUGUGGUCGAAGGCGGGGGGCUGGACCUCGGGCAGUGGGAGGCAGACCGCGCCCACGGGCACGGCACCUUCACCAAGGCCGGCGGGGGCAAGUACGAGGGCCAGUGGUGUUGCGACCAGAAGUCAGGCAGCGGUAUGGAGACCUGGGCCGAUGGCUCGCGCUACAACGGCGAGUACGAUGGCGGGAAGAAGCACGGCGCGGGCGUCUACUGGUCUGUCUGGGUGGCAGAAGGAGCCGAGGGGGCCCGUGCCUCGGCAGACCGCUUGGUGAGGCGCCUGAGCCAGGAACUGGAGGCUGCCCGCACGGUGUGCGCGAGGCUGCGGGCGGUGCUGGACCAGCGGGUUGCAUGGGGUGAAGGCGGCGUCGAAGCAAAGGCUGCCCGCCGUGAGGCUUUAGCCAGGACCUCCCUGGUGGCGAGGCUCAGCGGCGCGCCCGAGAGCGGUGGGAAGCGCCCGGUGCAGAACGUCUCGCUGCAUGCGAAGCGUUGCCCGCAGGCUGGGGCUCCCUGGUCGGAGUGGAAGGCUGCGCAGCGCGACGGCCGCCUGCCUGGUGGAGCCGCCGUUGCAGCAGCAAUGAAGUGCGAUGUCGAAUGCGAGGUCAACAUCUGCGAAGCAGAGGCGUCGCUCUUCACGCAUCGGGUCGAGAAACUGCACGUGGGACCGCAUGCCGAGAUGCUGCGGCCUGGCGAGAGGCAAGCGUUCGGCGAGAAGCACGCGUGCCCGCCUUGCGAUGUUGGGGUGCUGAUGCGUGAGCUGGGAGUGGCGGCCGCGAGGACCCCGCUGCGGUCUUGCGCCAAGCCGUACCUGAGUGAGAACGCAGCCGAGGCUCGCCUGCCCGAAGGUCUGGUGGAGGGGGAGGCCGAGGCGGCCCAGGGGCCGCCGCGGCUCCCCCCGCCGCCGCCCGGCGGCUCGGAGGCUGCCGCGGCCUGUGCGGCUGCGCCGACGGCUGCCGCGAGCAGCGCCGUGGUCGCGGAGUACCUGGCGGCCCACCCCACGGCGCUCCUCAGCGGCGGCGACGGGGAGGAGCACUUCGACGAGAUCGAGAAGCCCACGUGCGAGGAGCAUGAGGGGCUGGCAGAGCGGCAGGAGCCCGUGUCAAUCGGGUUCGAGAUGGAUGACGGGAGGGGCACUUCGGUGCGCUGCAGGGCGCCAUGGGGGUGCCCAAAGGACGACGAGGGGGACCAGAGCGAGCUGGAGGCCCACGUGUCGGGUGACGGCGCGGGGGACGAGCAAGGCGGCGGUGCGCGGGCGUCGAGCAAGGGGCCGCCGAGCAUCAUCGAGGAACCCACGUGCGAGGAGCCUGAGGGGCAGGCAGAGCAGCAGGAGCCAGAGGACAUCGGGUUUGCGCUGAACGACGAGGAGGAGCCUUUCGGCAAGCUGCGGAGCGCCAUGGGGGUCGUCGACGUUGAGGCGGUGGCAGCAGCUGCCGCGCGGCAGUGCGACUGCGUCGAGGCGCUGUGGGCCAUCGGCAUGCAGAGGUGGGAGGGUGACGCGGCUCAUCGAGCGCUGAUGGUGCGGUCGCCGAGCGAUGGCGACCCGUACAUCGAGCAUUUCAUCGGCAUGAAGACGGUGGUGUGCCAGAUGCUGAUGUGCCAGGUCGUGUUGUGCCCGAUGCCGUUCAUGAUGAUGUGCGCGAUUCUGUUCGCAGUGUGCCAGUUCGUGCAGUGCGUGAUGUUGUGCCCGGCGCCGAUGUGCAAGUUUGCGUUGUGCAAGGUGCUGUUCGCGUUGCCGUAG